AGCUGAGCCUUUUGUCCCGGGACACACGAUGAAGAGGAGGAAGGAGAGAGCAGGAGCUCCACACCUCCGCCUCCAAAUCUGGUCCCCGGCUCAGCUGCGUUGCCACAGCAACAGCAGCCUCCUCCAGCACCUGCUGUCCCCCACUUCCUUUCAUCCCUCUGCCGCUCAGGCGCCCGUCAUCACCCUCUCUCCCUCCUCUUCCUCCUCCUCUCCCUCCCUCUGUUCCUCUGACGGCCCCCUGUCAGCCCCUGUUCACCAGCGAGGAAACCCCUUCCUCUGGAGCUGUCGGACGAGCAACAGGAAGAGUCUGAUCGUGACGUCCAGCACCUCCCCCACCCUCCCCCGGCCACACUCACCUCUACAUGGACACACAG